UUGGAAGCUAAGGAACUGCUCGGGGUCAUAUUCGUAUUGCAGGCCAUUACGCCAUAUGGUAGGAAAACAUUCCGAAAUUUGAUUGUGACCAAUGGCGUGAAAGCUCCGCGUCGUCUGGUGCUGGCAUGUCACUAUGAUUCGAAGAUUCUUCCAGGACAAGUGAUGAUUGCGGCAACGGACUCAGCUGUACCUUGCGCUAUGAUGAUGGACAUAGCCAAAUCGCUUACACCUUAUAUGUACAGACGAGUAGCAGAGGUAUACAAAAUUUCCAUUCGCUUCUCUCGAGAAUCGUGA